GAAAUGUUAUUGUUAUUGAUCGCAAAACACGCGCGAAGGAAAUUAAGUUGCUAACGUGAGUGUGUGAGGAAGGAGACAAAGUAGGUAAAGUUAGGAAGGAAUUUUGUUUCGUGUUUAAGUUGUCUUUUGUGGUUAUAGCACGAACUGUGGCGUUUAACUGUGUCAUGUGAGGUCACGUUAGCAACUAAGCCGUGACUUCACUCUGUAAGCGCAUAUGUGUCUGUUACUAAUACUGCAUAUGAUAAGCAAGCUAAUGUUAGCCCGCUAGCCAAGCGUAGCUAACUACUGACAUCCAAAGGAACUAUAUCUUUCAUAUUUUACUUGUGGCAACUUAACACUGACGCCCAGGGUUAAGUUCUACUUCAAAAUAAACUGGUUCCAGUUUUGUUUUCGUGACUUAAAAGUUUGGGGCGUUUGUUGUAACGUUAGUGUUAGUUAGCAGUUGUUGGACGUCAUGAAGUCAUGAAGAGUCAACAUAUAUAUUGUUGCAUUUCAUUUACCUCGAUUGUCGGAGCUGAGAAUCUCGUCACGUCCGACUUGGCCGCUUUCCAGUACAACGAGUCGGAAAACCACAAUGUUAGCAAUACCAGUACGAGGCAGGUUAGCCAUUAGUAUUAUUAUUAUCCGUUGAUAACGACAUAUUACGCUGUAUUUUGCGCAUACAAACACUGUAGUAUCGUGUCCACAGACAGAUAGCUGGACGGGACUGCGUAUACGACGUUUUGUAAUGAGACACUAUUAAGACAGAAGUGCUAAUAAACGGUAUAUUACUACAGCUUUCACUACUGUUGAUGCACGGAGCAGUUGUGUUGGAUUUUGAGGUCGGGGUUGGUGAGGUCCCCCCGACUUUCCCAGUUGGAAAUCCGACUUCCAGUAGAAAAUUCCUCCUGAGAACUUUAAAAUUCCGAUUUUCCUAAUACAAAUGGAACGCACCAUAUCAGACAGCGAUUCAGAGGAAGAGCCCAAGCUCCCUCUGAAUCAAUUCUACCCCUAUAUCCGUUGUGCCCUUUGCUGUGGCUUCUUCAUUGAUGCCACCACCAUCACUGAGUGCCUCCACACAUUUUGCAAAAGCUGCAUCGUGAAGCACUUUUUCUACAGCAACAGGUGUCCCACAUGCAGCAUUGUGGUCCACCAGACACAACCACUUUACAACAUCAGGCCUGACAGACAGCUGCAGGAUAUUGUUUACAAAAUGGUUCCCUUCCUGGAGGAGUUGGAAAGAGAACAAAUGUGUAACUUCUACAAAGAGAGAGGGAUGGAUGUGCCAAAACCAGUGGUGGUCUCCCCUCCAGGUCCUCCUGUGUUAAAGAGGCAGAAGAAGGACAACAUUCCUCAGUCUGUGUUCGCCAUUCCUCCUGAGCUGGAUGUAUCUCUGUUGUUGGAGUUUGUUGGGGCUGAAGAGGGCAUCAGUAACUACAAGCCAUUAGAGAGGCGGUACGUCCGUGUGUCCGGCGAGGCCACUGUCCGCCACGUGGAGCUGUUCAUCAGGAGGAAGAUGGAGCUGAGCUCAACCUGUCAGGUCGAUGUGGUUUGUGGAGAUCACCUCCUAGAUCACUACCAGUCACUCAAAGACAUACAGAACUCUGUAGGUGAAGAGGCACUACAGGAUGGUCUGUUGGUGCUGCACUUUGGCCUGGUCCUGCCCUCACAGUCAUGAGCGCAAGAGGUGGAUGUCGUUAACUCCAAAGGGGAUGACCGUUAUUUUUGGAUUGUGUUUCUCUUCAUUGGACUCAUAAUGUGGAGUAACAUUUUCUACAUUGGCAUUAAAAGUGCUCCACAGCUGUUUUGGAUGUGUUGUCGCUGGAUUGUUUCUAUCUGCUUACAUUUGAUACAAGUUCAAACUGUUCGCAAUGUAGCAUCAGAUUUCCAGCUCCCAACAUCACCAUCUUAUAUUCAGGGCGACCCAUGUGUCUUGCUGGACACAGGUGACAUACAUAUGAAUUUUACAUGAGUGGAAAUGACAAAUACCUAGUCUUAGUGCCAAGAUGUCUUCUUAGGUGUUCAUUGUGCUUCCACUGCACACAAGACUGUGACUGCUGCUGUAGCUAAAACUGAGCUAAACCACUGUAUGUAGGGCUGAAACUUAUAUGUCUCUGUGAAGCUGCAUCAGUCUAGUGGACCUAUCUUUUUGGAAACUAGCAACUGGUAUCUUAAUUUUUUUGUAUUUAUGAUCUCAAGGGCUAAGUGUGAUUUCAGUUGUGAUUUAAAGGGCUUCAAACAAAUGUGCUACCAAAGGUUUGUGUGUGUGUGUUCUGUGGAGCAUAGAGCUACACUUGCAUUUUUAAUUACAGCUUGCUUCUUGUUGAUUUACACAUUUAAUUUAAGAGCUUUUGUAUAAAUUGUCUGCUGAUGCAAAUUUAUGAGUUUGACUUGAUUAAACCUGCUUUCAGUUCAGCUCAGCAGAGCACAAAGUAGUUAUUUAACUGGGGUUUGUAUCAAAGUCUUUUGAUAGGGUUUGUAAAAAAUAGCAUUCCUACUGCUUUGUCAGAAUUAAUAAAUGACUG